GCUUGGACAACCAAUCCUUACACUCGGAAUCCCCGUAUGACUACCGGACGCAGUAGCUAUGAUGCAAUCAUUGAAUCAACUAAAACUAAAGAUAGGCUAUAUAACUUGGAAGCUUUUAUGAAUAAGUUUUACCGAUGGAUAUGAUCUGAUGGGCAUGCCCAGGUGUUAGGCAAGCUGCUAAGCCAACUCGCUUUCUUCGUCACGACACUCAUCUUCCACGGCUCUGAAUCUGGAGACGCAAUGGCCAGCGCCGCACCUCCAACCGCUGGCUCUGCAGCCACAGAAAAUCUCAACCCCGGCGCUAGCAGCUCGACAGCAGGUGAAGGUGGUAACCAAGACAGCACCUUCGAAUGUAACAUCUGCCUGGACACGUCUAAGGACGCUGUGAUCAGUCUGUGUGGACACCUUUUCUGUUGGCCCUGCUUGCAUCAGUGGCUGGAGACCAGACCCAACAGACAGGUGUGUCCAGUAUGCAAGGCUGGCAUCAGCCGUGACAAAGUCAUCCCCUUGUAUGGCAGAGGGAGCACUGGCCAGCAGGACCCGAGAGAACGAACUCCCCCUCGACCUCAAGGACAGAGACCAGAACCGGAGAAUCGAGGCGGGUUCCAAGGGUUCGGAUUCGGAGAUGGUGGAUUUCAGAUGUCCUUUGGCAUCGGUGCCUUUCCAUUUGGUAUUUUUGCAACUGCUUUUAACAUCAAUGAUGGAAGGCCUCCUCCAGCUGCACCUGGGACCCCCCAGCACACCGACGAACAGUUCCUGUCCCGCCUCUUCCUGUUUGUGGCCCUGGUCAUCAUGUUCUGGCUCCUCAUCGCUUAAAUGACUUUAGAGGAAGGAAAGAGGCUCAUGCUGGAUAGUUCAAACCGAAAUGAGACACUGUGGCAUUGUGAUGUCAUCCUAAGUGUCUGUCCAUCUACAGAAUGUUAAGUAUUGACCCGGCAAAGUCCUUGAUGUAACUUCAGGGAUUUAAAGUGUAGACAUGCUCUGUGACACCAACAGAAGUCUUAUGCUUGAGAAUUUGGUGUCUUGAAUCACCAAAUUGUGUAAUCAUAUUGUCUAGGUCAGUAUGUUUUUAAUUGAAAAAUAUAUUUACAUGUUGCACUAGUUUCUGACUGAGAUAACAUGUACAUUGUAAAUGUACUGAAUGAAAAAAACAGUGUUGCAAUAUAUGUUAAACAUUUGAUUUGAUAAAUUUGAUAAACUGUCUUUUAGGGAUUCCAUUGCUUCCUUAUACCACUGGUCUGACGUCUGAUAUUAUUAGUCCCUCUUACAGUUAACAAUGAACAUCAAGAAACAUACAACAUUCUGACUGCAGUGAAUGUGAGGUUAUAUUGCUUAGUGACACUUCCUAUGUUGUCUUGACAUUAAUGUAGAUAAAAUAACAAUUCUUUAGGGGGUGAAUCAGGAUACCAUUAGCUGAAAUGUAUUAUACCGUUUUCUCUUGUUUAAAGUUCAAUUCAAAUGAUCUUUGUCCGGUUAACUGAAAUAAUUAACCUCUUUCUGUACUUUAUUGUAAGUAAAUACUGUAAAAUAUUAAGAUGGCUAUAAUUAAACUGUUUAAAUAUCAACAUUUUGGGAUUUCACUCUAACUUACAAAUACAAUUCUGUAUAGACUGCGUACUGCCUGGACUCUUCAUAAUGAAACAGAAAGGAUUUUAGAAAAAAUUUCAUAGUAAACAUUAAACUUUGAAUGCCAUGUUAGUAGAUUUCACAUUUGUAUUGUACAGACUUUCAAAUGGAAAACUAAAAACACUACUUCACAA